CGCAGAGGGAGAACACAGAGCGAGAUUCAAUUCAAAAUUUUGGCAGCCGAGUAAAUAAAGUGUUUCUUUUCAGGAAUUUAAAAUUCAAAAAGUUUUUUAUAAAUAAAUAAAUUAUUGUCUGCGUUGUAUUUUAAGUUGAAACAGUUUGAAUGUCAAUUUGAAUCCUUAGCUGGAAUAUCUAUAUUACAAUGUUGUCCAUUCCAGAUAUCCAUCACUCGAUCGUGCAGCACAAUACAUGGCAAUGGUUGGAGCUGAAGAAUGGCAAGACUACCCAUUCUCGCCUCCCUGAACUGGCCUUCCACCAGAAUGAAGUCUCUAUGUCUGCCCAUUCAAAAGUUAUUAAAGGUCAAAAUAGUUGGUGUCUGUGCGAUGGACUUCAGACACCAAUGAUUUUAAAAAUAAUUAUUUUAUUUGUAACUCGACCAUUUGUCGCAACCGUUAAGGGAGACGCGUUACCUAGAUACUUAAGGUCAAGCAAUCGUGAUGUAGAGGGAGUGAGAUAUCAAGAAACUUGCUUAGGCGUGCAUGGCGACCUAAAAAAUAUCCAACAUUCUCAUCUAUUACCAAGAUAGGACGAAAAAUAGGUUUUUAAAUUUUACUAAUCGGUUGACUUUUUAAAAAGUUGUGCCAAUGGUUAUGGCACCUUGACUAGACAUGACAGCUUCGUAACUACAUAUAUCUCCACUCCUGAAUGACGAAUAAAUAUUAUAAUGACAGGCAACAUGGAUUUCAAAAAGUUGAGAUCAGACAAACAGUUUGGGGUUUAGUGUGGCUAUAGAAAAUAUACAAUGUAGUUUUGUGUUAAAAUAAUGGUUCUCGUUCUAUUUGCCAACAUGGUAGUUAAUGAGUUACACUGAAUUAGCCACGUGUUUAGUGCAUGAUUUGAGCCUGAUGCUUUUAUUGUGCAAUCAUUAUUGUCACUUAGGUCACUCUCCCUCGUGCAGCAUAUCUCUGACAGAAUAUCUGUACUGCAGAUUCUGUAGUAUCCAGCAAAGCUAUGUAAAAAUAUAAAUAUUACGCUAAAUGAAAGAUGUAUGUAUUCCCACGUUUAUCUAAUCAAGUACUUAUGUAAUUUUAAAUCCAUGUAAAAUAUAUGCGACGAGAUUCCUAGAGUGCCGUGUACACAUUUCUUACAAAUACGAAAUAUGCUUGCACAUUUGAUAUUACAAUUGAUAAGGAAAGCAUGGCCCAAGUAAGGUAGAGUGGUACACAGAGCUGUGUACGGGUUCAACCAUAAGAGAAUAUCACGCUCGCAGUUCUUAUUAUGAUCCAAUUGAUUAAAAAGUUCUUACUUAUUGCAAAACUCUGCAACACUUCAUGAAAUGUAUGCAUGUGUGCUAAACCAGCUACCUCGACUUCAACUUGAUGUCUUGAAGCAGUUUUUCCUGUGUACGUAUAAAUGACACGUUGGUACUCAUGGGGUUCAAUCUUUGCAUAUAGCGGUUCAUCAUAACUGUUUCUCCAUAACAUUUAUUGCUAUUUUAUAUAUUUCGCAUAAUUAACUUUGUCAUCAUCAUCCUAAUAUCCCCAGUCUCUUGCUUGUAUUUACUGUAAUGUAUGAAUAUAUGUAUGAGACUGACAAAGUAAAAA